UAACGAAAAAUUUUGAAUUUUCAUUGAAACACUGGCCGAUCAAGAGGAUCUCUGGCCGGUUGACGGGCUUGGUGUAAAUUGACCACAACCUACAGAAUAAUUUGCAAGGAAGAGAUUAUGUCCGGGAGUCACAGAUUCUCAUAUUUGUAAGAGCUUGACCUCUUCGAUCUCUCAAUCAUGCCGAGCAUCAUCAGCAAUGAACUCAACGAUACCAAAUCCAUCAAGAUCAGCGACAUCAGAUCCAAUGGCGACUUCACUCUUCGGAAGCGAAGAUUGAGAUCCGAUUCGGCUGCAGAAGACGGAUCAAAGUCGAAAUCUCCUCGUCGAUGCAUCAAUGGCGGCCUCAAUUGCACUGAAAAUGGAAUUAUUGAAAAAGAAUCUGGUGAUAAUAAGGUUGUCAAAUCUCGCGAAUUGCUGGUGAAAAAAUUGUCUGAUGAUUUUAUUGACAAACCAAAAUGGAAUCCAAGAGGGAAGAUGAGAAGAAAAGGGUUUUGGAGUUCUGUAAACAAUGCAUAGAGCAAGAGAAAGCAGGGAGUUUGUAUGUGUGUGGAUGUCCAGGGACUGGGAAAUCGCUGAUGGAAAGAGUUAAAGACUCUCUGGUCGAUUGGGCACAGGGGUUAUCUUUUAAAACAUGGCAGAAAGUUGCAGCUGCAUCUGGAGAUAUGAGGAAAGCUCUGUGCAUCUGCAGAAGUGCAAUUGAGAUGCUACAAGCAGAGCUGAGGGAAUCUGCAUGCAAUUUGGAUUUCUCAUUAGCAGAGAAUGGGUACUCAAAUCAACAGACAACUCCAGCUUGUUAUUUAAUAAAGCAAGGAAUUGAUAUUGUGAGGGUUGACCAUAUGGCUAUUGCUUUGUCAAAGACCUAUAGAUCACCAAUAAUGGACACCAUACAAUCUCUUCCACAACAUCAACAGAUUAUACUUUGUUCUGCUGUGAAGCUUUUCCGUGGGGGAAAGAAGGAUACAACUAUAGGCGAGCUCAGUAAAUCAUACUUAGACAUCUGCAAAUUAACAUUAAUCCCACCAGUUGGAAUUAUGGAACUUUCAAGCAUGUGUAGAGUUCUAGGUGACCAGGGUCUUCUCAAACUUGGUCAAUCUCGAGAAGAUAAAUUAAGAAGAGUAGCACUAAAAGUCGAUGAAGCAGAUGUUGCAUUUGCAUUGCAGGGAAUUCGUGUCUUUCGAGAUUGCCUUAAUGCUUGUCUGUAGGAUAUGGCCUUGUGAUUUUUAUUUUUCCUUGGUAUUGGUGGCUGUUCCAUUUUCAGUUAUGUGGAUGCUCUAAUUAUAAAGAUAACAGUGCUUUGGUGAGCACAUAUUAUUUCACUCAGAGGUUGCAAUGAAUAAGCUUUAACCGAUGGAAUAAUCAAAGAGCAAACUUGAAAGGCUAGGAGGGUGUUGCUGUUGCUAACAUUUCAAUUAUCUUAGUUUUUUAGAAUUAAAAAAAAUAUAUAUAUAUAUAUAGCUCAAAAAUAUUGAAGAAUGGAAUAUAUACAUCCAUAUCUUCCUUGUAACAGAAUUUCCCAGGUAUUUAUUUGAAGAAUGAAUUAUACACAUCCAUAUCUUCCUUGUAACAGAAUUCCCUGAUAUGAGUGCAAAGUCGUCAAAUUUUCAGCUUACCAA